AUGGAGAAAAGAAAAGAAGCAGUGGCUGUGUACCCGAAACUGAGAGCUGGUGGCGAAGUUGGUAACUGCAAGCAGAGGGGUUCUUGUCUGAAUUCGAACCAACUCCAAUCUCAUCCCUCUGAGAAUAAUCAAGAAGAUGAUUUGCAAAUAUAUGUGGCUAAAAUUCCAAAGAUCUACACGCCAAGUGUCCCCAUGUCUGAGAACGAGUCCACGGAAAUGAACAAGCCUCGUAUCAGAGGAGCUGGCAUUGAACUAAAACAAAAACCCAAAGCCAGUCCAAUCCUACGCCCACGCGCCGUUGUAUCAAGUCCCGAUAAUGAUGCAAUGAUCGGAAGCAUAAACAGGAGUGAAGAAAGGAAAUCUAAAAAGUGUUUGAAGAGUGAUUGUCAUAUCUCGAGCAGAGCUUCUCAGCGUAAGAAUUUUGAUACCAUUGUGAAGAUUUCCAACCGUACAGUCGCUAAGCAAUCUGGAGUGGAUGCCAAGGAUCACAAAUGA